AUGGCAACUAGAAGUAAAGACAAGUGUGUUGUUUUUGGACAUCCAAAAUUAUUGAAUGAUAGAAUGUUGCCAACGUUUAACGAUGUUAUGUGCCAUUAUUUGUUUGUACAACAUGACUUAAAGGAAAAAUUUGCCGGUAGUGAGAUUUUAAAACAAACGGUGAAAAAAAUUGAAGAAAUUUGGCAUAAAGCUUCAAUUCCUAUAAGAAAUCUAAAGAGUAGAAAGAAUACUCAGACGACUAAUCUUAAAUUAGAGUCAUUUAAAGAAGAGACCUCUAAGUUAUUUGAUAUAGCCGCUUACAAGUGCGAGUUCCAAACAUGUAAGUGUGAAAAAUCAAAAAAAGUACCCCAAAGAGAACAAAACUUUCUUGCUGACCAAAGAACUAAGAGACUAAUGGCUACUGGAACAGUAGACAUAAAAGUUAGUACAAAGAUUGCAAAAAAUCAGAUCAGAAAAACUUGUUUCCUUAAAGAAGAAGAUUCAAAACCUGGAUGUAGUUAUUUAGAUGUACAGGAAAACUUUUUAGAAUUCAGUUCUAGUGAUGAAGACAAUGAAGAGGCCGACGUUGAAUUUGAUAGCAGUUUUGAUAAAUCUCUAGGUGAAAUAAAUUCAAAAACUACGACCUUAACAAGAAGAAAUCUGAAAUUUGAACCGGUAGCCUCUACCCUUAGCCAAGAAGAGGAAGACGAUAUUCCUGGUAAAAGAUCAGAUCCAGGUCCAGAUGAUGUCUCGGACAAAUCAAGUCUGAAAAAUAAAAGUUUAUCACAAAUGAGACUAAAGUUACCAUCAGUGGCACUUGCAUGUGACAGAACUGGGGUGUCCGAUCGUGCAGCAGCUAUAAUAGUUAAUGCUGUUUUGGAAGACACGGGUGUUAUAUCAAAAGGAAAUGCAACAAUGACAAUAGACAGAAUGAAAAUCAGAAGAUCCAGGAUAUCACAACGAGAACUUUGUAUGGCCAAACCCACGGAAACACCUGCUAUUAUAGGAUUAUUCUUUGACGGCAGAAAGGAUCGAACACAAAUUUAUGAAACAACUGCAAAUAAACGCCGGUGUAUUACAGAAGAACAUAUAUCUCUUGUUAGUGAACCAGGUUCUCAAUAUAUAGGACACGUCGUUCCAGAAGGUAGUUCAGCAUUAAAUAUCAAAGCAUCAAUUAUAGUUUAUUUACGCCAGAAUUUUAAUUUAAAUGACUUAGUUGCUGUUGGAUCAGAUGGAACGGUAGUAAAUACCGGAGCAAAGAACGGGGUAAUUCGUUUGUUAGAGAAAGAACUAAAGCGUCCCCUGCAAUGGCUUAUUUGCUUAUUUCAUUUUAAUGAGCUUCCCCUGCGGCAUCUGUUUAAAGAAAUUGAUGGCGAAACUUCAGGUCCUUGCGGACACAAAGGUUCAAUUGGGAAAAAACUGGAAUCCUGCGAAAAUCUUCCAGUAAAACAGUAUAAAAGAAUAGAAUCAGAUCUACCACAGCUAAAUCGCAGCGGGUCUGAUUUAAGUACUGAUCAACAGUAUUUAUUGGACAUAAUGCAAUCAGUUGAAACUGGUAACGUAUCUGCUUCUUUGGCCUCAAGAAAUCCAGGGAAACUGUCACAUGCUAGAUGGCUUACAACAGCUAACCGAAUUAUGAGGCUUUACGUAGCAACCGAAGUUCCAGAUGAAAGUCUUUUUCUGUUGGCAAGUUACAUUUCCAAAGUUUAUGCCCCCUUUUGGUUCAGAGUGAAACUUCGGCCAUCAUGUACUGAAGGAUCAAGACACUUAUUCCAAUUAAUCAAAUCAUGUAGCACACUACCUGAAAUGGUUAAAACAAUUAUAUAUCCCGUUAUCCAACGUAUUGCAUUUUUCGCUCAUCCGGAGAAUAUAUUGUUGUCAAUGCUUACGGAUGAAGAUCUGAAAUACAAAGAACUUGGCAUACGACGUAUUCUAAAGGCGAGGAGGGAACGUAGACAAACUAUACGGGAGUUUAAUAUCCCUGUGCUACGUUUUGAUGCCGACCAUUAUUCGGAGAUGAUAUCUUGGUACAAAUUAAGCGCUACUGAACCACCACUGACAAUGAAGAUGGAUAUUAAUCUUGAUUUAAUAUCUAGUAUAAAUACUUCUGAUUUUCCAUUAUUACCUAGUAAUACUCAAGCAGUAGAACGUUGCGUUCGCUUAGUAACUGAAGCGUCAGCUGCAGUGUGUGGUCAGAGUAAUCGCGAUGGGUUUAUUAAAAACCGGAUUCAGUCAAGACAAAUGUUGCCAUAUUUUGAAAAAAAAUCUGACUAUUUUAAAAAUAGAAAUGAAUAA